AGGAUUUAAAGAAAGGUCAAAUAGUUCCAAGAAGUUAAGCGUUUGCCUCCUUGAUAAUGGAUCCCCCGUCGGCGCCAGGGGAGUGUGCAGUGGCAGGGUGCAAAGGCCGUGACGAUUUACAAAGGUUCCCGGAAAAUGAAAAGGAGAAGAGGCUGUGGAGUGACUUUUGCAAGAGGGAGAUUGUGGAUUUUGGGACUGCCCGAGUCUGUGGGAGGCAUUUUAGGGAUGAGGACUACGAGGUGGUCAGGGUUCCUUCCAGGAGAUUGAAGAGUGGGAGUCAGCCAACGCAACAGCCUCCGGGAAGUGAAGGUAACCCAGCCACAGAGAAAUGUAGCAUAGGAGAAUUCCAAAGACAGUUGAAAACGUUUAAAGAAAGAGAAGGAUAUUCUCCUAAAAAGAAAUAGACUGUUGGCCAAAGAAAUUAAAGAGGCAAGGAAACAUGUGUCCGAUUUCCGUUAUCACAAUGAAUUGAUGGCAAAGGAGCGCGAUAAGGCUCAGAAGGAAAGGGAUGCUCUUCAGUUGGAGAAAAUACAUCUGUUAAAGGCACUAGAUGAAGAGAGAAAAGAAAAGGAGGUUCUCGUUGCAAGGAAAAAGAAGGAAGGAGCAGAACUUCAUGAGACAGAAAGGAAUUUCAUCUUGGGGCUCUGCAAUAGACUUGAGGUACAUCUUAAAAGAAGAACAAGAAGAUCACAUGCCAUACCUGUUCAUACACAAAUUCUUGCUGCU